GAUUGAUAUUCCCUUUGCUUUCCAGCGUCGCCUGUUAUCAAGGUGGCUCGCUCUAGUAAUCAAUCUUUCUGUUUAAUUAAAUCACACAAGUCUCUCGCUCGCUCUCUCUCUCUAUAUAUAUAUACUACACAAAAAAAAAAAGAAAAAAAGAAGGAAAUUCCGUGAGAGGGAGAGAGUGAUGGUGUCGUAUCUGAGCUUGGUGAUGUACGGAGUAGGCGGAAUAGUGGUGGCCGGGAUGGCAUUAUUAGUUGCGUUUCAGGAGAAACUAGUCUACGUUCCUGUUUUGCCUGGUCUCACCAAAUCCUAUCCAAUCACGCCUGCUCGAUUGCGUAUGAUUUACGAAGACGUUUGGCUUACGUCAUCCGAUGGCAUACGUCUUCACUCCUGGUUCAUCAAGUUCUCUUCUGAUUGUACAGGCCCAACUAUUCUAUUCUUUCAAGAAAAUGCUGGAAAUAUUGCACAUCGUCUUGAGAUGGUGCAGAUAAUGUUACAAAACCUGCGCUGUAACAUUUUUAUGCUUUCUUACAGAGGAUAUGGUGCUAGUGAUGGUUAUCCUUCUCAACAAGGAAUCACGAGGGAUGCUCAGGCUGCUCUAGAUCAUCUCAGUCAGAGGACAGACAUUGACACUUCUCAAAUAGUAGUUUUUGGAAGGUCUCUUGGUGGCGCAGUUGGUGCCGUGGUUGCCAAAAACAAUCCUGAUAAGGUUGCUGCAUUAAUACUGGAGAAUACUUUUACAUCGAUCCUAGAUAUGGCUGGAGUUCUACUACCCUUUUUGAAGUAUUUUAUUGGUGGAAGCAUCUCCAAAGGCCCAAAAAUUCUCAAUAUUGUUGUUCGCUCUCCCUGGAAUACCCUUGAUGUUGUUGGCCAGGUUCAACAGCCAAUUCUUUUCCUUUCUGGACUACGAGAUGAGAUGAUUCCUCCACUUCACAUGCAAAUGUUGUACGCUAAAGCUGCUGCACGCAAUAAACAGUGCACUUAUGUAGAAUUCCCUACUGGUAUGCACAUGAACACAUGGCUUGUUGGUGGUGAUGAUUAUUGGAAAACCGUCCAUACAUUUCUACAGCAACAUGUUCUUGAAAAAGAGGGCCAUGAAUCACAUCCUGAUGAAACUGAUUCUGAAACACGGUGACCAACUUCGAUGAAGACAAUGUGCAGCAGUGGUAACUCAUCCACCAAUGGGACUCAUAAACAGCUCUACUAUUUUCUUUGUCGAAAUUGCAGUGGCCAAAAGGUGGUGAUUAUGGGUAGAUUUUAUAGCAGUAUUCAGGAACAAAAAUGUUUUCAGUUAACAACAUUUUGGUGUUGCAGAGAUAUUGCUGCUUUGUGGAAGCCAUGUGACUCCAAAACUCAGCUUGAGAUUAGAAAAUACAUCCAACGUUUUUGUGACCUUUUGUAUGAAAUGUCUGAAUUUGUAUUGCAUCUUCAAAUCCUCGUCUUAUAACUGCUAAUUCGUUGAUCCUGAUGAAGUGAAACUCUUGUGAUGAGAGAAGAUUGUGUUAUAUCGUCAUAUUAUUAUAUUAUUCAACCACUAUAUAAUUAUUGUGUG